AUGGUUUCACCUCAAGUUAUUACUACAUUGGCAGAGCUCAAUGACUUCCUGACUAGCAACAAGUACGUUGUCUUGAACUUUUGGGCUGAUUGGUCAAAGCCAUGUGCAUCAAUGAAUGCCAUCGUCCAACAACUCUCCACUCAAUGUCCAAAGCUUAAGUUUGCCAAUAUCGAAGCAGAGAAAGCAACUGAGAUAUCAUUAAAGUAUGACAUCAAGUCAGUACCAUCAUACUUCUUUAUAAAGGAUAAAGCUGUUGUAGAGAGUGUUCUUGGCGCAGACCCAUCAGCACUCACAAUGAAGUCAUUGCAGUUCUCAUCAAAGGCCACAGACGUUGUGGUUGACGCACAGGAAGCACCAUCUCAAGAGGUACUCGAUCGCAUCAAGCAACAGGAGGAGAAGGAGAAGGCCAAUCUAAAGGAACGUCUACACGCACUGGUCAACAAAGCACCAGUCAUGCUCUUUAUGAAGGGCACACCCGAUGCACCACAAUGCGGCUUCAGCAGCAAGACCGUUGCCAUUCUCAACAAGGAUGGCUUCACAUUCGACUCGUUCAACAUCCUGUCGGACCCCACCGUUCGUGAGGGUCUGAAGGAGUACUCCAACUGGAAGACCUAUCCACAACUCUACAUCAAUGGCAGUCUAGUCGGUGGCUUUGACAUUAUCAAGGAGAUGCACGAGGAGAAUGAGCUCGUCACUCUCAAGCCAUAA